UUGAUGUUUUGUUUCUGUUCUGCUGAAGUGAACGAUGUGAACUGAAUCUUCUCCGGGACGGACUGAUUUAUUUCCCCCGCGUGUAUCACGGCUCUCCCGACACUCUCUCCCCGGUAAGCUCCCUCUGUCCGUCGGCACCGUGUCUCUCCCGGUGUCCCCCCCGGGAAGCGCGAGGCCGAGUCGUGCGAUGAUGGAGGACUUUGACGAGAUCUACGAAGAGGAGGAGGAAGAGGAGGACGAGGACAGGGCCGCGGAGGAGCAGCUCCUCAAGUACGCUCCGGACCCGGUGGUGGUGCGAGGAUCCGGCCACGUCACUGUGUUUGGGCUUAGCAACAAAUUUGAGUCAGAAUUUCCUUCAGCACUUACAGGGAAGGUGGCGCCGGAGGAAUUCAAAGCCAGUAUCAAUCGCGUAAACAGCUGCCUGAGGAAGACGCUGCCGGUGAACGUGCGGUGGCUCCUGUGCGGCUGCCUCUGCUGCUGCUGCACGUUGGGCUUUAGUUUGUGGCCUGUGAUCUGCCUCAGCAAGAGGACAAGAAGAUCGAUAGAGAAGCUCCUGGAGUGGGAGAACAGCAGACUUUACCACAAGUUGUGUUUGCAUUGGAGACUAAGCAAAAGGAAGUGUGAAACCAACAACAUGAUGGAAUAUGUAAUCCUAAUAGAGUUCCUACCUAAGAUCCCCAUCUUCAGACCGGAUUAGCCCAACUGUGGCUGAUCUCAAACCACCACUGCUGCCAGCUCGGCCACAGAACCACGAUGGCUGUCAAGCUCCUUAACAACUCCCCCAUCCCAAAACACCAACACAAUAUUUUUUGUUUACAAAGUAGCAUCAAUCCUUUUUUGACUCGUUGUCCCACGCAUACUCCAUCUACACCCUUGUUUACAAAUCCAGCAUCCCAGCUCCAGAACUGGAGCGGAUUCACCGUUGAACCUUCACCUACGGACGAGCUGGCACACUGUUUAGCCAUGCGAGCCGCUACCAGCCUGUGGGAUGUCAGAGGAAACCCAGCCGCGAGAAGUAUUAUUGAUUUCAGAGCCAGGAGCUGGAGACUGGACUCUCGAACUGAGUUCUCUAAGCUACAACUGGAAUUUCUUUUUUGUCACUUGUAUGUUCCCUAACCUAAGCACAUGGCACAGUCAGACCAUGAUAAAACCAACGCUUUCAUACGUUGCCUACCGUCACACCGCCAACUUCACCUGCAAAAAAAUACACCCCAGUGCAUUUGUAUCAGUUGGUCUGGUGCUCUCGGUUCUAGGCUGUGGAGGCAAUGUGACAUAACGGAACUCCAAAGGAACCUUCAUCCAAAUCAACUCAGUAGCGGACUGACCAGUCCCACUGAAAUGUGUUGGGCCAGUGGCCAAAACGGCUUAACUCACAAAAAAAAAAGUCACUUCUUAUCAACUACCAGACAUUGUUGUCCUCUCUCCUCCUUUCAUAUCUCUGCACACUUACUGUGCGUCACCCUAAUCCAGUGACAAUCACACACUUUGACUGUACUCCCCAUAGAAUGACUGGGUCUUAAAUGCUACAUCGUUUACCUGGAACAAUUUGUGUUUUUCACCAGUGUGUGUGUGCAGGUGAUUGGCUGGUUGCCAGGCAACUGCGUCUGAGUCACAGUGGAACAUGUGAGGAGGCCACUGGUGUAGAUGAAAGGAACGCUUGGUUUCUUUAUAUAUUUUUUUAGUAUCUCAAGUUUUGUUUACUCUUCUGGUGAAGGGGGCAGUCUGUGCUUGUUAACCUGUUCACCAUGUUUGUGUGUGUGUGAGAAAAGUCUGAGGGCAAAACGUAUGCAAAAAAAGACAAAUCAGACAUGAAGACACGCUUUACUCUGCAAAGCCGGGUUCUUUCUUUGAAGUAUUUUCUUUGCCACACCUGAUCUUUGUUACUUUUGUUGUAAUUUAUACAUGUGUGAGUGUGCAUUUGUGAAAUAGGCCUCAGUUGUUUGUUGUUUUUUUUUCUGCAAAGGUAUGGUUGUUUCCUUUUUUGUCUUCUGGACAUGUGUCAACACUAAAGCACACAAUCGCUUUGUCCUUAACACCUUCACAUGGGCCUCUCUUCCUUAUCUGCCAACCUUGGCCUGUUUAUAUGAGCGUUCAAGUUGAGGAUGUAGGUCUUUUCUGAGAAAGUUCCUCUGUCUUAGACAUAAUCUGACUCAUUAAAUUGAGAGGCCUGGGGCGACGUAAGAGUGUUCGAUCCUCUUUAUUAGGCGUACGGUAAUACCAGCGUUCUGUAUCACGAAGCAGGAUUAUUAAAGUCAGCUUCAUAACUGCACUGAAUAAAAUCUGAUUACUCCCAGAUCAGCAUCAUGGUCUUUAAAGCUGUGUUUUAUAUUAGCAAAAGUGAAACGUGUUACUUUUAACAAUGAAUCCAGAGAAAACUAGAAACUCGGUAGAACGCAUACCUCCACCAGCACCCAGCAGUCCCCUUAUGAAACAACAUUUAAAUUCACCUGAUUUUUAUUUGGAUCUGGACCAAAUUGUCCCUUAAAUAUGUCUGAAUAUUUUUCAAUAUCCAUGAAUUGUUCCUUGGGAAAUCAUGGAAAGUGUCAAAAGACACCCUAUCAGAUCCGCAAUAAAAUUGAAUGGGUCCUUUUUCCUUGGAUUAUGCGUAACCCUGCCAACAAACCAACCGUCAGUCAAACGGACCCUUUCGCGUGUUUAAGAUCAUUGUUUUUGGUUCCCGGCCUGUAACUGUACCGACUCAUUCUCACUCCCCUCAUUACUCUUGUGUGCAGCAGCAGGUAGAUGUUUCCAAAGAUGAUGAACCUACAAUACGAUACCUGUCCGGCACCAAACAGCUGACACACAACAAAUACUUGGUGGAUAUUGGACAUCAGAUGUUGGGACAUGACUCCAAACUAGGGCUGCCCAUGCUUGUACAAUGUAUAAGCGAUAUAUCCAUAUAUAUUAAACUUUUUUAAAUUUACUUUGUUAUAUUGCGAUAAUUCUUGUUAUUGUUUUAUUGCCCUGCCCUACUCCAAUGAAUCCUGAUGUUGCACUAACUAUAGGGUGUGCAAAUAAACAACUGUUAGCUAAAGGUUUUUAAAUCAACUUUAUAAAGUAAUAAAGUCUGUUCCAGGCUCAAUUUACUUCAGUUAUCAGGCUAACUAUCAAUCCUGCUUUGAGAUAAUGGCCCAAGGCAAUAUAUUACAGAUCACAUCAUAUAGCACAUAUCAAUUUUAUUCAACAUACAAUCAUUUACCAUCAAGUGGGAGAAAGGGGAGAAGGAAGAUAUGGAUUAAACAUCUCCCACUCAGUCCACCUCUUGAUUUAUCAAAACCACCCAGACACUGACUGACACUGUGAGAUUGUGUGUUACACGGAAAGUUGAAAGUCGCUCGGCUCUGGUUGAUUGUACGGGUCACACUCAGGGGAUUAUUCUAGAAAAACAAUAUGUAGCAUUGGAGAAAUCUCAGUGUCAGGUAUGUUCUAAAGUUGCACCAGGGAGUCAAGUAACGACGUAACAUACAUCUCACGUGACUUGAACGGCUGUAAAACGAUGUGUCUGGAGAUUGAUAUGAAAUUGAAACAUGCCCCGAAGAAAAAAACAAUUGAAUCUGUCUGUGGACUUUCUGUUAAGACAGGAAGCAGUUUUAUACCACAGACCCACAAAUCUUGGACAUUGGUUUAGUUUAUCUGUUAUACCAGUGGGUCGCCAAUCGGCUCAUCAGUCACUUUUCUAUUUUUUGAUUGUGGUCUGUUCUGUGUAAAUGGAGGCAUAUGGCCAUAUGCAGAUAUCUGUGGUGUGUGUGUGCAUGCACGGUGUGUGCAGAUGCAAAUAUUCUCCGUAGAUCUCAGACUGUGAUUGAACCCUGCACAGAAAACAAGUCAUUUUUAUAUAAUCUUGCGUUUGCUGUUCGUUUGCGUGUGUGUGUGUGUGUGUGUGAGGGAGAGAAAGGUAUAUGUACAUAUGACUCAUGAGAAAGUGUAUGUACAGUAAUAAACUACCAAUAAACAAGGCUAUGAGCAUCCUC